AUGAAAUUGACGAAAUCCUUAACACAAUUAACCAAAAAGGCGGAAAACUCAGUGGUGGCGUUCAGGCUAGCAGAUUUGAAAAACCGGACCCAAACCGGCAAAAUGAAGAUUGAAGUGAAAAAUUGGCUUAAUGGCUUCAAAUUUCUGUCUCAAUAUCAAACCAAAAAAGGGCUAGAAUUGGAUAAUCAUGUUUUAUUUUGCGGUCCACCGGGUUCGGGAAAAAGUUUCACCAUUGAGGAAUUUUGUCAUAAUGAGACAUCUUAUUUUGUCAAGGCCCAUUUUGAAUCCCAAAUCUGGGUUGGUUCCAGUAUCGAAAAGCAGCAGCAUGUUUUCAACAGUGCCAAAGAAUUGGUAAAAGAAAAUGCCAAAAAAGGAGAAACCAAGCCGGUAGCAAUCGUUAUUGAGGAAAUUGACUCUGUGGGAACAAAGGACCUGUCUGGUCAUAAUACUUCCAGCAAAAGUGAAGUGGAUGGUCUGUUGAAAAUCUUUGACGAAAUAAAUGAAAAAAAAUUAAAUAUUGUCGUAGUUGCUACUACCAAUAAUCCAGAAGUGUUAAAUGACGCUCUCGUGCGGCCAGGUCGGCUGGGCCGUCGCAUUUAUGUUAAUUACCCGACUGGCGAGGAAUUAAGAAAAUUGACUGAUUACCUCCAAGAAGUAAUGGAAAAAAAUUACUGGGAUAAUGUUUACCAGUCAAUUCAAAAAAAUGCUGCUCGUUUUCAAAAGAAACAAAUGGGUCUCAAUUUCCGUGAUUUACAAAAAGCGGUUACUGGUUCGUUAGAGUCGGGAGUAGCAGAAAAUAAUCCUAAAAUUAUUCCGGCGGCUUCGGUCUUUCAUGAGGAAUUAAAGGACGUUCUCCAAACUCGGGUGAACGACCGCAACAAUAAUUUACGCCGACAAAGUCAUCUUCCUCCAAAUUAUGACGACACCAAUGAAGAGGAGCGCGAGCCAAAAGGGCAUACACUUCAUGCCAACACCCAAGAGGCUCGUCAAUUUACCUUAAAUAUUUUGUCCGAUUAUCAAGAUUACGCCGAAAACAUACUUUGUUUAGGAGUAAUAGUCGGACAAAAAACGGUCGGGGAAAAAUUCGCUGGAGCGUUGGAAACCUACACGGUGGAAUGUUUAUUGCCAGACGGUCAAUGCUUACAAUUAGCCACCAGUUUAAUUUUGCCUUUUGAAAUUGCUCCCGUUCAAAUUGCGUUUAUUCUUAUCGGGGAAAGCCCAGAAUUAAUUAAUUACUAUCAAGAGAUUUAUGGUUUAUUAAGUCGUCAUUAUCGUUGUCAGUUGUAUAAUAAAAACGAACAAGUUAAUGCAAAUGUGCUCCAAGCCGACCAAGAGGGCUGUCCUUUCAAGAUGAUUAUUGGCAAACAGGAAUUAGAACAUCAAGAAAUUACUUUGGUAAGAAGGGACAAUGUGGAAAGAAAAAUUACUAUCGAAUUGGAAGAGAAUGAGCAAGGUCAGAGGAUUGGAAAAAUUUUUGGGAUUAUCAACCGAGAAGCCCAAGAAUUACAAAAAAAUCUCUAUCAAAAAAGUGUGGCGUUUCGCAACAAGCACAUUUUUUCAGUCGCUAAUUUGGCCGAAUUAGAGAAAAAAAAAAAAGAUGGAAGUAAGGGCUUAUUUUUGGUUCCUUUUUGUAAUAAUUUAGAUUGUGAAUUGAAAAUUAAGGAAAAGGUGCCCUCUUAUAGUAUCCGUUGUAUUGCGGGAGAGGAGAGAAUAAUUGCACCGCAAAAAUGUCUUUUUUGCCAGUCGGCAGCCCAAAAUAGAGUUUAUUUAGGAAGGUCUUAUUAA